AUGUUGUCCUUUCGCGUGCCUGGCUCGUCGGAGCCUGUCCGAGGAGAUGCAGACAGUAAUGCCUCGUCGAUAACCUCCGAAGCCGAUCCGCGCCUUUCGGCUGUUCCGCAGCAUCCACACGUCAGCGGAAGACCUGUCGUCGAGCCUCCCGCCGCAGCUUCAUCGCCACGCCACGAGCUGGCAUCGGUCAAGCACCCGGUCAUCCCUCGACAAAGUAAACGCGCCACCAACGGUACUGAUGAUGCGCUCGAAACCGACACAAAGCGGAAGUCAAUCGGUUCCAAACUCCUCUCCAAGUUCAGGCAUCAUUCCUCGGAUGACAAGCACGAGCACAGCGCCGCCUCCGACCCCCGAUCCCAAGUCGCCAGCGGCUCUCAGACGCCCAGCCGCUCUCCGUGGGCCUCGGAUUCCAAGAAACCAUUCCGACCAGAUAACCUGGAGCAGGCUCUAGCCACUGAGCAGCACCGUCGCUCCAAGUCAAAGCAGGCCUCCUUCGGCAGCAUCGACGGGAUCCGACAGCGCAAAAUCUUCGGGUCGCGCAAAUCGAAAGCGCAGCUUCAUGACUCGGAUAUCGAGAGCCACGAUGAGCACUCCGAGUCGGAAGCAGCUCCGCACUAUCUGUCCUCUCAGCCGGCUAACCUUGAUCUUGUGAGAAGCGACGCGACCCGUCACUUUCCUGGUGGCCUCUACAACGUCAGUCGCGACACUCCGCCCGAGGAUCUGCGGCGCUCUCAGGCAACCUCUGCACCGCUGCACGCACCCACAUCCCUUGAGGACCCGGACAUCGACGUCUUCGCCCCCGUAGGAGAUGGAGGAGACGGACACGACGAUCUCUUCUUGGCGGACCACCACCAGGACUACGACUCGGACGGUUCAGACGACACCAUUGCGCAUCUCAUCCGCGAGGCCGACGGCUACGACAGUCUCCGCUUCAAUUCCAAAGGCGAAGUUGCAGCAGGCCUUGACUACGACUUGCUCCAUGCCGCUCGCGAGAAAGAACGCUCGCUCAGCGAAAACAAGGACGCGCAAAGCGGCUAUAGUGCCUACAGCGGCGGCGCCUCCAAGGCGCUCAGCCAACCUUUGCUCGAACUCGAGGACAUCGAGCUCGAGACUUUCUUGCAGAACUUCGCACGACACACCCGCGAGGUCACCGUUACACGCCCUUCCCGAAAUCAAAAGUACAGGAUGCCAAAGUGGUCAGACUUUCGUGUCUCUCCCGACGAUGACAGUGCAGCAGUGUCGGACAGAAAGCGUCCCUCCAUGCUCACGCGCGUCGAUCGGGGUCUGCACCAUCUCUCGGAGAGUCUCGAGGCGCCGUCCAUCGCCAAGGCGGGCACAAAGCUAACAGGGGAAGGCCGAACAUCGUCCGGGACAGGCGGUGUGUCACGAUCUCGGUCGACAGAUGAUGACCUCGACGCCGAAUUGCAUCCUCAACCAACCAAUAUGUCGUCGCCGAACAAAAAAAAGGAAAAGGCAAAGACGCUCAAAAAGCAGCACUCCUCCAAAGGCAAGGCGUCCAGCGCCUACACGGUGGAGGAGGAAGAGGAUGAAGACUGGGAUCUGGUUGUCCCGUCUUCCGGCGACGACGCACGACACGCCAUGUCUCUACGCGACGAAUUGCGAGUCAAUGCCGAAGACGAGGGAGUCGAUGGCGUCGCCUUCUGCAUCGCCUACAUCCUCGCGCUCGUCGAAAAGCUCGCUCCCGAGGAAAUCGACCAUCACCCCGACCGAGGCUACCGCGAAGGCCUCAUCCGCUCGCAUCUCGAGCGUCUCUACACCAUCGCGCCCUUCUGGGAGAACCUCGCCUUCCGCCUACGCCGUCUCUACCGAUGGGAGGAUCCCAAAACUACCGCAGCCGCAGCCAUGAUUUACUUCGUUUUGUGGUACACCAACAUGAUCCCGACAGCGUUCAUCCUGACGAUCAUGUUUUACAUUAUGCGCUUCAAGUACUUUCCGCCCUCGGAAAGCUACCUCCACGAGAAGGUCAUGAUGCGCAUGGCUCGAGGCAAGGCAGCCAACACCUUGUCAGAGAAGCUGCGACGACGCAGCCGACUCGACAUCCUCAACAUCUACAAGAGAUGGAUCGUCACCUUUGGUGCGCCCACGCAGGAGGCCAUGGGCCUUGUGGCCGACUUUCACGAAAAGGUCAAGAAUCUCAUCCUCUGGCGUAACUCGGCGGCGACGCGGAGGACGCUCAUCCUUUUCGGCGUUCUCAACCUCUUUGUGACGUUUGCACCGUCGCAGUACGUGUCCAAGGCCAUCUUCUUUUUCCUCGGCAUCACGUUCUUCUGCCUUCUGCCGCUGCAGAGCUACUUCCCCUCUCACCGCAAGGCUCUCUCGCCGCUCUGGUGGGCUACAUUUGGCGCUCCGACGGAUGCGCAGUUCGCGGUGCAGCUGCUGCGCAAGCGCCACCUCGACAUUGACCGAUUCGCAGGUCAGCUCAGCACGGCCGAAGAUGUGCGGCGCGCCGUGCGGUCUCCCGGCGCCUCGAAGCUCAAGCCGCGGCCUGAUCGUCGCGAGGAGGGCAUCGCGUACGGCGACAUUGAGGAUCCUUCGCGCGCCAGCUUUGACUAUGUCGAGACGACCAAAGAUGCGACGCUCAAGCCGCGCAAGCUCGGCAGCUUCUUCUGCCAGUACAAGGGCUUGCCCGGCCGGCUUCACGUCAACACCAAGUAUCUCUACUUCACACCGCUGCACUCGCCCUCGCUGAAACGAGGUCGCACGCCUGUCGUAGCGAUCGAGUCGCUCAUCAAAACCAAGAGCAUCCGCCUCAUGGUGUGGAGCUCGUUGGGACUCAAGAUCGUCCGCAACAAUGGCAAGGCGCCGUUGCUUCUCGCUAACGUUCAGCAUCGCGACGAGGCAUUCAAUCUGAUCCUCGCCGUCUCUACGAAUGACCAUUCCACCUGUCGAGCCGGCGACUCGAGCGGAGAUACAGAGAUGCAAGACCAAGUGGAUCGGCUGGUCAGCGAUCUGCUCGAGCAAGUCAAGAGGCUCGAAGGGGGACGGCGAGUUCUGGUGGGGAUCUCUGGCAUUCCGGGAUCGGGCAAAUCGCUUCUUGCCGUCAAUCUGGUCAGAGCUCUCAAUUAUGCAUGGCAAUCACGCUUGGAGGGGGCAAGGCGUGAAGAUGUGGCGAUCUGCGUGGGCAUGGAUGGGUGGCACUAUCCUCGUUCGGUGCUGUCCACGUUCCCUAACGCACAGGAAGCUUUCGAUCGACGCGGUGCCGAAUGGACGUUCGAUGCCAAGCGCUUUGCAGACUUUGUCGCGACGGUCAAGAUUACCACUUCGACGCCGCUGUACGCGCCUUCGUUCGACCAUGCCAAGAAGGAUCCGCUGGAAGACGAUGUGGCAGUGCUGCCCAGCCAUCGCGUCGCAGUGUUCGAAGGACUGUAUUGCAACUGCGAUGUGGGCGAAUGGAAGCGCGCAGCCGAGCAGUUUGAUGUCAGGCUCGUGUUUGAGAUCUCCAAAGAGGACGCAAAGACGCGCCUGAUCACAAGACACGUCGCCACCGGCGUAGCCAAGGACACGGAAGAGGCGAUUUGGAGAGCGGAUAACAAUGAUCUGCCCAACGGCGACUGGCUGAUGUCGCAUCUCCUGGCACCGUAUACGGUGGUGACGAGCAUCGACGAUCCAUCCUGGCGAUGA